GGAGCGCCUGUCUCUCUCCAAUCUGUCCUGGUCUGGCUCUGUACUCGGAAUACUCGCGGGAAGAACAUCAGUCGUUUCCUCGUAGCAGCAUCUUACACAGUUUCGGAAUCCCUGGAGAGGAGAGCGAAGCAGACGAGGAGAGGCAAGCUAAAUGCUUUACGAUGCCCCUUAAAGAUUGUGUCUUCUCCCCUCGAGACAUCCGAUCGUCGACUCGUCAUUCGCGAACGAUGGAUCAACAAGACAACAAGAUAGCCGUCGUUGGCGCUGGUUUGGUCGGGGCAGCAUGUGCGUGCAUGCUUUCCCGCCAUGGAUUCGCCGUGGACCUGUUCGAGCUCAGGAGUGAUCUUCGUUUGAGUUCGAAGCUCUCUGUGGGUCGGUCGAUCAAUUUGGCGCUCUCAGCUCGCGGUCUCCACACCUUACGCUUGCUGGGUGUCGCGGACGAAAUUCUGGAGCGCCAUGCCAUCCCUAUGUACGCUCGUAUGAUCCACAAUGUUGACGGACGGACCGAGCCGAUCCCUUACGGCGCGAGCGGCCAAUGCAUCUACUCGGUCGGCAGGAAAUAUCUCCUUGAGUUGCUUUUGUUCCGUGCUGAGAGGGACGAUAACGUGAGACUGCAUUUCGACCAUAAACUGCUGAGGGCCAGAUUCCAUCAAGGCUCUCUGGAGUUCUCCACCCCGGAUCGAGACGCAGUCACGAAAUCGGGAUACCGCGCUAUCAUAGGCUGCGACGGCGUGUUCUCCAGAGUGCGUCAGGAUGUCAUGCGUUGCGGACGAUUCGACUUCGAACAGAAAUACAUCGAUCACGGCUACAUUGAGCUGUGUAUACCCGCCAAAGAUAACGAGUUCCAAAUGGCAGUGAAUUUCCUCCACAUUUGGCCCCGCGGCGAAUUCAUGAUGAUCGCUUUGCCGAAUCAGGACAAGAGCUAUACGGUCACGCUGUUCAUGCCUUUCGAGAAAUUCGAGGCUCUGACGACAGCAGAGAAGAUCCUGAAAUUUUUCGAAACGCACUUCCCCGACUCCAUCCCUCUCAUCGGAAGGGAAUCUCUCAUUCAAACCCUGACGACAGUGGAAGUCAGCUCACUGGCUUCGGUGAAGUGUUCCCCGUACCACGUAGGCGGCAGAGGGCUACUUUUAGGAGAUGCGGCGCAUGCGAUGGUCCCUUUCUAUGGCCAGGGGAUGAAUUGCGGCUUCGAGGAUGUGAGCAUUCUCGACGAACUGUUCACCGCAUUGGGAACCUCAGAUCUCGAGAAGCCGUUUGAGACCUUCAGCGAAGUUCGCCGUGAGGAUGCUCAUGCAAUUGUGGAGCUUGCGCUCUACAAUUACAUCGAGAUGAGACACUUGGUGAAUUCUGUGUGGUUCAGGCUCAGGAAAAAAUUCGACUCGUCUCUGCACUGGAUGUUCCCGAAGUUUUGGGUUCCCCUCUACACGAGCGUUACCUUCUCGAGGAUGAAGUACUCGGAAUGUAUAAGCAAUAGAGCUUGGCAGGACAAGGUCUUGCGAAACUCUCUCAGAUCGAUAGGUCUCCUCGCCCUCGGAGUGAGCCUGGCGUACGCAGCUUCAAGGAUGCGAAUAAACGUCCGCCUCCAUUAGUCGUUCUAGUACAUGGGGGAAUUCACAGAGCAGCGAAUCAAAUAAAUGAGCAUUUCGACGGUAAG